CCCUAGUUAAGCGUCAGAACUAUAGUCAACAAACAUGUCUACCGCUCCUGCUCCUCAAAACAAUAACGAAGAUCCCGGACUGCAAGGCUCCUGGGUAGAACUGGAGCUGAAUGGUAAUACAGGGGCAGAGAGCAGGCAGACCAGCCAGCUGACACCACCUGCUGAAGACCAAAUCAACGCAAACGCAGGCAUGAGUCAAAGUCUCCAGCCUUUAGAAGAAGGUGAAAGUGACGAAACCCUUAUUGGAGGACUGGAACAUGUGCCAUCGUCAUCUUCUAUCCACAACGGAGACAUGGAAAAAAUACUUCUGGAUGCUCAGCAUGAGUCCAGCCCAAGUAAUUCAUCCUGUGAGAGUCCUCACAGGCCGCCAAGUUCCGGACAGGAUGAUGGCCAGAUAACAUUUGAUGUGGAGAUGUCCAGUCCAAGAGGCAGUCAGUCAGAGGACGAUACUGCAGACAUGGACAGAGAGGAUGACAUCUUGAUGAACAAAGAAGUUGAUUGGGUGGCCAAUUGGUCUAGUAGGCCUGAAAACAUCCCCCCAAAGGAGUUCCACUUCAGACAUCCCCGACGUUCAGUAUCUUUGAGUAUGAGGAAGAGCGGCGUCAUGAAGAAAGGUGGCAUCUUCUCCGCUGAAUUCCUAAAAGUUUUCAUUCCUUCCCUGUUCAUCUCACACAUGCUGGCUCUUGGCCUUGGGGUGUACAUUGGGAAAAGAAUUGCCACAGCCGCCACCAGCUCCUACUGAGCAGAAGAUGAAGCAGUGCCUGGGUGUUCUCCUGUCUCCAAGCCUCCCAAACGCCUCCUGAAGUCAAGCUCUCACUCUGUGCAUCUGUCCCACACCCACGUCUCUCUCUUCCAAUCUGCAUUAACUGGUGUCACACUGUAGAUGUAGUCAUGCUGAUUAUGUGGUUGCACUCCACCAGGUUUUGACACGGAGGGAGGGGGGCUUUAUCGUGUAUGCGAGUCACCGGCUUGAAUCUAACUCAAAAUCUUAACUUGCCACGGACCUUAUGUCAGGUGGCAUCAAGUUGAAGUUUCCUUUUGUGUCUUGAUAUUGAACAUAUCAAUCCUGGUAUUUCUGCUAAGCUACAGGUUUUCUUUUAGGUAUUCUAAAAAGCAGAAAGGAAGACAUAUGUUAUUAACGCCAUAACUGCUUUGUGAACUAAUUGACUUUGGGGAACAGGAGAGACUUUGAUAGCUUGAAAGGUUAUGACUUUGCACCAGACUAAGGCCAGCCUACAAUCUCCAGGCGUUUUAGGGUCAUUUGAAUGUCGCUGGAUUGCGGCAAAGAUGGAAUAUGUUGGGGUGUCGUCAUUGUCUACUGUGAACAGGGCCUUACUUUCAAGGUGCAGUGACCUGCUGUUCAGAGUUGAAUGCUGCAGCACUGCUUUUUUUUUUUUUAAUUUCGCACAAUUUUGAGGAUGGUAUUCAUAACAUGUUGAUCCCCAGAGGGUUUCUACGUGAACUUUGUUGACUUGUUUUAUUACAGUGGCAUCUAGAGUGGAAGAUAAUAUACCAGGCCAAAAGCUACUUUUAAGUAUUUUUCUUCUGACAUAUCCCUUUUUUUUAAACAUAUAGGAGCAGUAGUAAAGUGCCAAAACAUUUACCUUUCACAACUGCAUAUUGGUGGCCUAUCUUACGCUUUUUAAUUUGUUCGUUUUGUUUUCUUAUAUGUUUAUAUAUUUAAUUAUGUACAUGUGAAGAUUAAUUUAAGCUGUGACCUUCCCUAUGCUAUGUACACCUCUCAACAUUGUAUAACUUGUUUAUACAUUGAUUGUUAAUGCAUAUUACAGUAUAUCUUAUGCAU